UCUUACCAGUUGCCAAUGGCUCUCUAUCUCCCAUCUCUCUCCCUUCUCAUCCUCCUUCUCCUCCGCUCCUCCACGGCGAUGUGGUGCGUUGCUCGGUUUGAUGUUACAAGCCAGGCGCUUCAGGCAGCUCUAGACUACGCAUGUGCCGCUGGAGCCGACUGUGCUCCUAUCCAGCCCAGUGGUCUUUGUUUCCUCCCUAAUACCAUUCAGGCUCACGCAUCUUAUGCUUUCAAUAGCUACUUUCAGCGUAGAGCCAUGGCUCCUGGCUCUUGCAACUUCGCGGGCACCUCCACCCUCGCCAAAACCGAUCCCAGUUAUGGAUCAUGCGUGUACCCAAAUUCUUUGAGCAACGCUGGAGGGUCAGCUUCGACAACAACAGUGGGAGGAACGCCGACAGCAACCGCCGGAAACAUCCCCAUGACGUCACUGAGGCCACCGUCGGGCACCACGGCGUCACCUUUUGGAAUAGGCGGGGGUGGACUUAUUCCGCCGGGAACGACUGACACCGAUGAAUCUGGAGCUUAUUAUAGAAAGACGAGUGUCUCUAUAGCUUUAUUGGUGGUCAUGGUUUUGUUGUUUAUUUAGGCUUUAGAUUCGUGUUAUAUAUACAUUUUUAUGGCUAACAAAAUUUUGGUGAAA